CAUCCAUCGCACAACCUUUCAUCAACAUGCAGCCACAUCAUCGGCAGACGAACCGCCCAGCCACUUGCACACCGCCGUCCAGCAAACACCACCACCAACACGCUCAUGCACCGCGCUGCGCCCUGGAUAAGACGCCCAGAAACUGCAUGGCCUCGGAUCAAGUACUAAUCACAUCAAACUAACAUCCAGAUCAAGACCCAAGCACAGCAGGUCUCUCAAGCAGGAUGUGUCGAUCCCGAGGCGCCCGUCAUGGCCACAAAUCGGGAAAAGCGCUGCCAUGCAUGGCGCUAAACAAACAACAUUCGAGGGACCCCUACAGACAACGCCACUAUCUUGAAAUCUGCCUAGGUCAAAUACCGAAACCAUGCAACCAUCAUCUGGUGCCUUUUUUUUUUUAUCCUCGG